UCAAUUAGUAGAAGCCGCAGAAGAAUAUGUUAAUUAUUUGGAUAGAAAAAAAAUUUUUGAUCAUAUUGAUGAUGCGCGUAAAAAAAUUCCUGGAAUAUAUUGGGUAGAAAAUCUCGGUCGAUAUUAUAAAAGUGAAAAAGAUGCAGUUCAAGACUGGAUGACAUCGGAAGGAUAUAAAAGACAAAUUAUUAGUAAAGAUUAUAUUUAUUUUGGUGCCGCAUUAAAAAAUGAUACUUGGGUACAAGCAUUUGGAUGUAAAAAAUAA